CUUUCUCUUUUUUUUUCUCUCUCUCUCUCUCUCUCUCUCGCUCUUUUAAUUUUGCCCUCAAAACCCUCCGAUUAUUACGAAAACGCCACUGCUCCCUCGCUGUUGGGGGGAUCCGGUGAGGCCGUUUGGCCGGAAUCUGAGAAGGAGGAGAAUAUGGAUGUCGGAGUGUCUCCGGCGAAGUCUAUACUCGCGAAGCCUCUGAAACUGUUGACUGAAGAGGACAUUUCUCAGCUCACUCGCGAAGAUUGCCGCAAAUUCCUCAAAGAGAAAGGAAUGCGCAGGCCUUCGUGGAACAAAUCUCAAGCGAUCCAGCAAGUUUUAUCACUUAAAGCUCUCUAUGAGCCCGGCGACGAUUCCGGCGCCGGAAUCCUCCGUAAGAUCCUCGUUUCUCAGCCGCCAAAUCCGCCUCCUGUCACAGAAACGUCAACUGAGCUAAGCAACGAGCUCGAACCUUGUGGCAAGAAUCCUUUUCAGGAAGAUGAAGGUCCCUGCCAUAGAAGGGAUUCUCCAAGAUCAGCUGAGUUUUCUGGUGGUUCUCCUCAUUAUGCAGUUGAGAAAGAUAGCUUAAAGACAGUUUCCCCCAGAAGCCCGGCUGAAACAAGUCCUCUGGUUGGACAAAUGACGAUAUUCUAUAGUGGGAAAGUGAAUGUAUAUGAUGGAGUACCACCUGAAAAGGCGCGGUCUAUCAUGCACUUUGCAGCCAAUCCAAUUGAUUUGCCUGAAAAUGGUAUUUUUGCUUCUAGUAGAAUGAUUUCGAAGCCCAUGAGUAAAGAGAAGAUGGUUGAGCUUCCCCAAUAUGGUCUUGAAAAGGCAACUGCUUCUCGUGAUUCUGAUGUGGAGGGUCAGGCGAACAGAAAAGUGUCAUUGCAAAGAUAUCUUGAUAAGCGAAAGGACAGAAGAUUCUCUAAAACCAAAAAGGCUCCAGGAGUUGCAUCAUAUAGCUUGGAGAUGUUUCUGAAUCGUCAGCCACGGAUGAGCGCUGUAUAUUCACAAAACCUUAGCGGCACAGGGCUUCGCGAGUCACCUGAAAAUCAGACAAAAAGUUCCAAUCUCUCAGUUGAUUUAAACAGCGAUCUUAACUGUGAAGAUCUUUAACAAAAAACUGGAGGUGAGAUUCCGUCCGGGUCACAAGGCGAGCUGUAAAGCUCAAUACUGUUCUUUUGUGAAAUUGCCAAGUACAAAAAAGCAAACAGUGAAUGUUCUCGUUCAUUGUGGAAGAAACAUUGGCUUUAAGAGUGAGCUGGAUCAGUGUCUGGUUUUUUUUUUUACGGCUUGUGUAUCCCAUCUUUUUUGGUAUGUAGUUUUGGAGUAGGUUAGAGACGAGAGGAGAAUGUGGCGGUUUGUAUUAUGUAAAUGCUGUCUUAUAUAAUGAGAGAGACCUUAUUGAUGAUGAUACCAAUCUUGAGGUUCUUCUAAUCAACACAAACUUCUUUGUGAUGUGUAAUGAGAUAAUUAAUUUGUUUAUUUUUAAAA